GUUUGAAAUUCCCUUUUAGUUUGUAAUUUGCUUUUAGUCAUUUAAUCUCACUUUCCUCUGAUAAUAAGAACAUUAGUGCAGAGUCAGGAGUUUACACUGCUAUGCAAUCAGUGGCUGAUACAGUUACAAUCACUGAAGGUGACCCAUGUUAUGAGGUUCAGGUAACAUUUAGUAGUGUUGUGAUAAACUGAAUCAGAGUAGCACUAAAACCUUUAGCUGGGGCUUUGUUGAAAACAAGGUGAGAGCAACUCUUAUCCGAAAGGCUUGUUUGCUUAAAACUUCAUUCCAUAUACAGAAAAGAGCCUAGCUACUUUGAGGAACGCCACCAAACACACUGGAAAUUAAAAAAAAAAAAAAAAAAAAAAAAAAACCUCAGCCAUAAACACAGCCAUGCUGAACUAGAGUGAACCUCAAGUUUGAGCUCUUUUAAACCCUUGGUAUUCAAGGGCAGUUUAGGACAUCUCUGUGUCCGAUGGCCAGACGCAGCAGUCUAGAGUCACUAGAGGAGCAACUGCGCUGCCCUGUGUGUCUGGAGGUCUUCUCUGAGCCGCUCAUGCUGCAGUGUGGCCACUCGUACUGCCGUGGCUGUGUGCGGUCUAUAGACAUGGAUCCUCUGGGGCAGCUCCAGUGUCCUGUAUGUCGCUGUGCCGUGGAUGGGGACAGCCCUCCACCUAAUGUGGCGCUGGCACGCAUUGUGGACGCCCUACGGGAGAUCAAUGAACCAGGACAAGGCCCUCCAGAGACAUGCAACCAACACCAUAACCCCCUGAGUCUGUACUGUGAGGAAGAUCAGACGCUGAUCUGCGGACUGUGUGGUAGCAUUGGAAGCCACAGAGCACACAAGGUCACCCCAAUCAGCAGCGUCUACAGCCGAAUGAAGGAGGACAUUUCCUGUCUGAUGACUAACUUUCAGACACAGAAGAGGAAGCUGGAGGAGCAGAUUUGUAAAAUGGCCUACAACAAGUCUCGCAUUACAAAUGAGUCGGAUGUGCUGAAAUGGGUGGUCCGGAAGGAGUUUGGAGAGUUGCGACACUGUGUGGAGCUCGAGGAGGCCAGCUUCAUGCAAAAGGUGGAGAACACUGCCUCUACUCUCAUCGCCUCCAUCCAGACCCAGGCUGAUCACAUGAGCCAACUGCUGGCCAAGUUCCAGGAGGCUGAAGGCACACUGGAAGCCCUGAGCAAUGAGGGCCAUCUGGACUUCAUCACUAAAUAUGGAUCUAUUGCUCCAAGGUUUAGAGAGAGCCAGCAGAGAGAACAGAGGAAGGAGAGGACCUACAGCUCCAUCAGCUUUAACCCAGGCUUUAAUCACAGUGACAUCAAAAUGACUGUGUGGAAGAGAUUACACAGGAGAGUUUUACCAGCUCCUGAAUGCCUGAAGUUUGACUCUCUCACAGCUCACCCCAUGCUGCAGCUCAGUGAAGACAACACCAGUGUACAGUGUGGAGUCCUCGUCAACCGCCUGCCCAACAAUCCUGAGCGAUUCAGCUACAGCUACUGUGUACUGGCCAACCGUGGCUUUUCCUCAGGAAAGCACUACUGGGAGGUCCAGGUGGGAGAGAAGCCAAAAUGGAGGCUGGGGUUAAUCAAAGGGACUGCUUGCCGUAAGAGUAAACUACCCAAGAGCCCUGAGGGGGGAGUGUGGCUGAUUGGGCUGAAGGAGGGGAGGCUGUAUGAGGCUUUCAGCACUCCUCGUGUCACUCUGCCCCUCAUGAGUCAGCCACACCGCUUGGGGGUUUUCCUGAACUAUGAAAGAGGAGAGCUGACGUUUUAUAAUGCGGACAGUCCUGAUGAGCUCGGAUUCAUUUAUUCUUAUCAGGCUGAGCUGCAGGGGAAGGUCUACCCACUGUUUGACGUGUGCUGGCAAGAGCGUGGUGCCAACAAGCUGCCAAUCUCCCUGCCACACCCACUCACUGAAGCCUACGGAGAUUAGUCUAGAAGCAAUUAUGGCUGUGGCAACGAACCUGUAUGAUAGUUUUAUACUGAUAGUAUAGUGGUACCCAUAAUUCUAGUGGGAAAAACUUUACAACUAUUUAGAGAGAAAUUAUAUUUCUACAUUGUUUUGAUAAACUACUGAAAGUUUUAAAUAAUUUUAAUUACUGUUCCAUUUCUACAUUUUGUCUGCUUCAUUUGUGGCAGGGAAGCCUGAAGAAGAUACCACUUGACCUUCAGGCUUUAAUCUCAAUAUCAGGCAUGAGAAAUUUUAUAAAUAGUACUGGAAUAUAAAAAGGGUG